UUUAUCUCUGUUUAAACGCCGACAGCUUGUCCUCCAAUGUAGAAGGAGAUUAAGAAGUAAACAGUUGGGAAUAUGUCCUCGCAUGAACAAGCAGUUGCCUCCUUAAUCUCACAACUAGCUCUCUCUUUCGACGACGUCGUUUUAGGGGCUACCUUAGCCUACGCCACCUUCUGUACAAUAUUCCGGUUCAAGGCUACCUCCACUGCCCUCCGCAAAAUCCGCGGUUCACCGCACUCCCGCUUGUCCGACCUCCGUUCCCUCCCCGAGGAUGACAACUUAGAUUCCGCCGAGGAACCUAUCGUCGUCAUUCGCGGCGCCGUCAACGUAAGACCUGCUGCCGAUGGACGGAGCUUGACUAGACUUAAGAAUAACGCGCUCGUCUGUCAAGAGUCUGGCGAUAAAGCUGUUAUCAUCCAAAGCAGGGUUUCAAAUCGCGGU